AUGGAAAAUGCAAAUGACACAACAGGGAUAAAUUUCAUUCUUCUAGGGCUCUUUAACCACACACAGACCCAUCUGUCCCUCUUUUCCAUGGUGCUCAUGACCUUCCUCACCUCCCUGAUGGGCAACUCCUUCAUGAUCGUGCUCAUCUGCGUGGACCCCCAGCUUCACACACCCAUGUACUUCCUGCUGAGCCAGCUCUCCCUCAUGGACAUGAUGCUGGUCCUCACUAUUGUCCCCAAAAUGGCAGCCAACUACCUGAUGCACACCAGGUCCAUCUCUCCUGCUGGCUGUGGUACCCAGAUCUUCCUCUUUCUCACACUGGGAGGGGGUGAGUGCUUCCUCUUAACAGCCAUGGCUUAUGACCGCUACGUGGCCAUAUGUCACCCCUUGAGAUACCUGAUCCUCAUGAAUCAGAAGCUCUGCUUGCAGCUGACAGCAGGUUCCUGGAUUUUGGGAGGAGUGGAUGGGCUGAUGCAGGCUAGCGCCACCCUGAGCUUCCCUUAUUGCCACUCUCGGGAAAUCAACCACUUCUUUUGUGAGGCACCAUCACUCGUUCGCCUUGCCUGUGCAGACACCAUGAUAUUCGAGUUUUUCAUGUAUGUCUGCUGCAUCCUGAUGCUCUUGAUUCCACUGUCUCUCAUUUUGGCCUCCUACAGCCUCAUCCUGGCUGCUGUGCUCCGCAUGCAGUCCACUGCCACCAGGAAGAAAGCCUUUGCCACCUGCUCCUCCCACAUGGCUGCCGUGGGGCUCUUCUAUGGUACCAUCAUAUUUAUCUACCUGCGGCCCAAAUCCUAUCGUUCUGUGGCCCAUGACAAGGUGGUCUCUGCCUUUUACACCAUCUUCACACCUGUAUUGAACCCCCUUAUAUACAGUGUAAGGAAUAAAGAAGUCAAGGGGGCUUUCAGAAAGUCUUUGGGAUGCUUCAAAGGGCCCCAAAGAGAGAUCCUAAACUAA